AUGUCUGAGAAUACAAAUAACAUAUCAUGUUCACAAACUUCCGAGGCACUCCUUGGUGGGCAAGUGUGUCAAGAAGAACAGACAGGUCGACCGAUUCGAAUGUGCCUUCGAAAUAUAGGAGCACUAAAAUUGGGAAAGACCAAGAAUACUGUGGAACGCACUGGCAAUGUCUUCUUCAACCCGCAGUUCGCUUCGUUUCUUCAUUGUCAUAUGCAAUGGGCUUUUGAAUCUCACCUUCAAGGUUAUGUGGGAACAGGUGAACCCAGUGCAUAUCUGAUGCAUAUAUCCAGAUUUAGGUUAACUAACGGCAGGGACCGCCGUAUCACCCACAAACGUCUUGUUGGUGACAGUUGUGGAUUUUUGUGGAAGUCUAACAUCAAGGAUAAGAUUUUCCACAGAUGCAAGGGUGAAAAGCAACAAUGCAGAGAUCUUUUGCUGUUGAUAAUCCGUUCGCUUAGAUUUUGCCAGCAAGUGGACAUCGAGAUACAAGGAUCAACUGAAACUUAUCUCCCCCCCAAGUAUUCUAUUAACGAUGGGGGGAUUCCCAUCAAACGAACAUUAGACAGAAACGUUACAUGCACCGUGAAGUUGGUGGACACACCGAACUCGCUGAGGACAGCUUUGGCGCGGAAUCUGCUGGAGAAGACAGUAAAGAGUAAAUAA